AUGACUACAGAGAAGCCUACUCUAACAUCGAUCAAGAAGAUCAAUGAUCUUGAUAGUAUAAGAAAUGCGAUGGCUCAUGUUUUUCAGGACGCCCAACUAAGUUUAUCGGGGCAUAGAAAAUUGGUAAUUGUCUUGAAGAACAUACAACAACGAGCAAUUAUGUUGGGGUAUGAGGAAGGAUUUAUAUUGAAAUUUGUUAAACUACUCAAUAAAAUAUUAUCCUUAAAAAAAGGGGAGCAGGUAGCGGAUAGAGUUGCCAAAUUUUGCUCUAUAUUUGUUUCAGCUUUAUAUAAGGAUGAGGAAACUUUGAAAGAGAAAAAGAAGAAUGAUAAAGAAGGCGACAGGGAUAUGUCAUCCGACAAUUCAGACUCUGAUGAAGAAGAGGAGGAGGAGACAUCAGCUGGAAGGUUUGUUGAUUAUUUAUUGCGUCAUUUAUUAAGAGGUAUUCAGGCUAAAGAUAAAAAUGUACGUUACAGAGUGGUUCAGUUGUUGGCUUAUAUUGUUAAUUAUAUUGGAGAGAUUGACGAAGAACUAUUCAAAGCCUUACAUUGGUCGUUAAAUCGUAGGUUAUUUGACAAGGAAGCGAAUGUGAGAAUUCAAGCAGUAGUUGCCAUAUCUAGCUUCCAAUAUAUUAAUUUACCUGAGGAAGGGGAGUAUUCAGUUGAUAAUCAAGUUAAUAAGGCUACCCAGAGCUUGUUGAUAGCUAUCCAAAAUGAUGAUAGCGCGGAAGUAAGGAGGGCUGCGUUGUUGAAUUUAGCUAAAAAUGAGGUUACUAUUCCAUUUCUUUUGGAACGUGCAAGAGAUGUAAAUUCCAUAAAUAGAAGAUUAGUCUAUUCUAGAAUCAUAAAAGAGUUAGGGGAUUUCAGAGAUAUUGAUUUUCAUUUAAGAGAGAAUCUAUUAAAAUGGGGGUUGAAUGACAGAGAUGAGAGUGUUCAGAAGAAUGCAAUAAAAAUGUUUAGUAGUAACUGGUUAGAUAUCGUUGACAAUGAUUUGAUUGAAUUGAUUGAAAAUUUGAAAGUUGUUGAUAGCGAUAUUGCUGAUACUGCGAUGAUGACUUUUUAUAGGGAAAGAGCAGAUAAAUUAGCCAGCAUUGAAAUCACGGAGAAUACCUGGAAGGAAUUGACGACUGAGAAGGCAUUUUUAAUACGAACGUUUUAUGAACAUUGUAACGAACACAAUUUAUAUGACAUAAUUGAGAAGAAUUUUCCAGAAUCUAUUGAGUUGGCUGAUUUACUAUACAAGUACCUCAAUUUGAGAAAACAAAUCAUAGACUCAAAUAAUGAACUCAUUGAAAAUUACGAAUCGUACAGAUCAUCUUUAAAAGAAACAGAUUCAAAGUUACAACAGCUUCAAUAUGAAGAACAUGAAUUAUUCCAAGAUAUUGAUGGUAUCGAAGAUUCCAACUAUAAAAAGAAGAAGGUUUCACAAGCGAAAAAGCUCAAGAAGGAAUUUCAAACGAUUGCUAAUGAAAAGCAACAAAUUAUGCAAAGAAAUAAAGAUAUGGACGAAGAAUACACAUCGUUUCACGAACAAUUAAAGGAUUUGGAGUUUGUUAUUCAGCAAUUAUUGUUGAUCUCCAAGCAAUACGAUUUUAGCGAUGAAAUUGGGAGACGUAAAAUGUUACAAAUAAUAAGAUCCUCGUUGGCCAAUGAUAAAUUGUCUGAUAAAUUAAUUGAAAGUUCUUUAAAGGUAUUGAGAAAAAUAUCUAUAAAUGAGAGAGACUUUUUAGCAAUGUGUACAGAAAUUGUUACUGAUAUUCGUGACUCUUAUAUGGAUGAAAAUGACGAAGAUACAUUCCACUCUGCUAUUUCCGGGUUUCGUAAUAGUGAUAGUGAAGAUGAGGAAGACGAAGAUAAUGAUAAACAAGAGGAAAUUGGUGAAGAUGCUAAUGAGGAUAUGGGUAGAAAUGGUAGCCAACUGCACAAAAAGCGUAAGAAGCAACCGAAACAAGCGCCAGAUGAUAUCAUAAUCCAAUGUUUAUUGAUAACUCAACAUUUAUUAGAACUCACUGAAGAGUCAUUAGAAAAUAACUAUUCUUUGGGAUCAUUAAUUGAAAGUUUAGUACGCCCAGCAGUAUUAAGAAACGAACAACCUGUCAUAAGAUCGUUAGGAUUAAAAUGUUUGGGUUUAUUUUCAUUAUUAGAGAAACAGCUAGCAAUUGAGAACUUAUACUUAUUCGGUAUGGCGGCCACAAAAGCUGACGAAGAAUUACGAAUAAUUUGUGUGAAGAUAAUUGUUGAUAUUUUAUCUACUUACGGUGUUUCAGUCUUGGAUAUUGAAGGAGGUGUCGAUUCUCUUUCUUUAGCAAGAUUGUUUUAUAAAAUUUUAAGAAUUUAUGAGAUGCCAAACUUACAAUGUGUUGUUGCGGAAGGUCUAUGCAAAUUAUUUUUGGCCGAUAUAUUGACUGAUUUUGGUAAGGGAGGCAAGCUCAACGUUAAUAAUGAUGACGACGAAGAGGUAGUUGAUGAAGAUGAAGAUGAAGAUGAUGAGGGUGAUGAUGAAGAUCUGGAAGCUAAAAAUGAAAGGAAGGCAAGGAAAAUAGGAGCCAGAGAAAAGAAAAAAGAAGAAGACCAAGAGAAGCAAUUAUUCGAAACCUUGAUUUUGACGUAUUUCCAUCCGUUGAAUAUAGAUAAUCAUGCAUUAAGGCAAACUCUAGCCUUCUGCAUACCUGUUUAUGCGUUUAGUCAUCCUACUCACCAGGAUAAAGUGGCCAGCAUUAGCGGGGACUGUUUCUUUAGAAUGUUUAGAGAUGGUGGAGAGUUUUCGAAGUACGAAAAUAUUGCGUCGCCUACUUCCAUUAUUCAACAGUUGAUUCAUUGGUGUGAUCCAAACAAUCUUGUGAAUUUGACGCAAGUAGAGAUCAAAAAGUCACCGGCACAUUUUUGGCAAUCAAUGGGAUUCCUCCAAGCAGUUGAACAAGAUACUCCUAAGAGUAUUAAGAAGAUCAUCAUAAAUAACUUAAACAAGCUUUAUAUCACCGAAGAACUUGGUUCAACGAUUCUAAAAGGUUUACUAAAUGCAAUUGAAGAUACCAAGUCCAUGAUUGAAUCUAACCAACACGACCCAGAUUUCAUAUUUGAUGCGUUAACAGAGAAGAAUUUUGAUAAAUUCCAUCAAUCGAUAAAAGACUUGAUUGGCAAGGCUGAACAGAUGGAGGCCGAAAAUUCGAAGAAUGAACAAAAAAAUCUGUUUAUCUCGGAAAAGAGUUUUCAACUGAAUAAUUCUCUUGUUCUAAACAAAGAUUCAUUACUUGAGUUAGAUGAAUCCGCCGGAGACAAGCAUGAAAAAUCGGACUUAGAUGAAAACCAGGCUGAAGAGUCAAACAACGAUGCGGAAAAGGUUGAAGAGAAUUUGCAAGAAAUUGACAGAAUGCUUGAUGAGGAGGAAAACAUUGAUUAUCACCUUCCAAUGGACACGGAUUAG